UUAAAGUUUCCUGCUUCGAGGGCUUGAGCCUUAAUUUCUCAUAAACUGAAAUUUUAUUAUUUCCUAUUUGAAAGUAGUUGCGAUUUUCAUCAGGAACUGUUAGAAAAGUUAAAAAGUAAUUUUCCAGACGAUGAAUAACGAAAAUACUUGUUUCAAGUACAACUUUGCCCUCGUUUCUCGUGUGGCAAAUUCUUUCGCUGAAACUUCUUCCUACGAUUUGAUAAACCCGAAGUUCGCCAUCGACAUUGAACGGGCGAGGAGGGAGCACGAAGAGUUAGUCGAUGCUCUCAGAAGGCUUGGUGUUGACGUCAUUGAACUGCCUAAUGAUGAGAGGCAACCUGAUGGAUUGUUUGUCGAUGAUAUUGCGGUUGUCAUCAAUGGUACUGCUCUCAUCUGCAACCCACCUACACUCCCCAACAGACCUUCCAGACAAGGAGAAUUAGCUGUUGUCAGACAAGUACUUCGCAAAGAAAUAGGCAUGAAGAUUGUUGAAAUUGACACAGAAAAGGCCUUAGUAGAGGGUGGAGAUGUUCUUUUCACAGGGAGAGAAAUUUUUGUUGGUCUAUCAACUCGAACUAACAUGCUGGGUGCCCAGGCUGUGGGCCGAGCAUUCCCGGAGUAUCCAACAAAUAUUGUGAAGGUGUACCCACCUGCCAUUCAUCUGAAGGAUUACAUCAGCAUGGCUGGUCCUGAAGUCAUGACUGUUGGCAACAGUAAGGCAGCUCAAGCAACUUUCCAGGAAAUAAAGAACUCAGGAGCACUUGGUUAUAAGUACAUCACAGUGGAAGAGGAUGAAGCAGCCAAUGUUAUCUAUGCCAACAACGUCCUCAUCCACCUUUCCAGUGAACAAAUUCCAAAUGGAUCUAUGGUAUACACGAACAAGAUAGACUACCCAAGAGUUGCCAUCCACGUGACAGAGCCACUGAAGAGAGGCGGUCGACUGAGCAACUGUGUCCUCCUCGUUAACAGGGUCAAACACCCAAAGAGGAUUCCAACUACAGCUCAGUAAGAAGAGGGAUUGAUUGAUUUAUCACAGUAACUGAU